AUGUCCCAGCCCCGUGACCUAGGCGAGGAUUCCAAGAACAUGGCCAUUUCAUACGCCAGCGGCCUCCCGGCUGAUCAUACGCAAGCCCUCCCUUCAUUCCGAGAGCUCCUCCCCCCUCACCUUCACGACGAGAUAGAAUCAACCUCCUACUUCACGUCGCGGCAACAUUCGCACGAACGUCCCGCCUCCGCCAGCCAUGACCUGACCUCCAACCACCGGCUUAUCUCCGAGCGAGGACCCUAUAGCUCCCCGUCCAGAGUCUCGGCGGAAUCCCAUCGCGAUUACUCGAUAGCUGCCCACCAGAGAGAUCCCCGGUUAUCUCAGACUGCCGGCUCAACGCCCACCACCUACUCCCCGCGCGGACCCAGCCCCAUCCUGCCUCCCAUCCGGGACCUACAAUCCCUCCCAGACCGAGGAAUGAACCCUUCAAACGCUGCGUUCCCCGACGCCCGCGCCCUCGGACGACCCGAUCCCUACGCCGCGGCGCACGACAUGCGCUCCGGCCCUCCCCACGCCUUCGCGGCCCCCGCAGCAGCCAACUACCCCGGACCGAUGGGUGAUCGACGCAGCGCGGAAGCCUACGUGGGAGCCAACGGGGCGCCCGUGAUGCCGUACCCGUACUCGGGGAUGGCGUACCAGAGCGACUCCGAGCAGACGUCGCCACAGGCGUUAUCGCAUGGCCCGACAUCCAAUUUCGGCAUCCUAGGCGACCCGGCCGACUCGCGGAAUAAACGCCGACGGGGGAACCUGCCUAAGCCGGUCACCGAUAUCCUGCGCGCCUGGUUCCACGAGCAUCUUGAUCAUCCAUAUCCCAGCGAGGAGGACAAGCAGAUGUUUAUGACCCGUACGGGGCUUACGAUCAGUCAG